AUGGCGGCGGCGGCGGCGGCGGCGGCUCCGGUCACGACAGACCAGGAGAUUGCGGCGAUGGCAGUGCACAAGGUGGCGCCACCGCCGGCGCGGAGCACGGCGAGCAAGAUGAAGGCGAGGGUGAAGGAGACCUUCUUCCCCGACGACCCGUUCCGGGCGUUCAAGGGGCAGCCGCUGGGGACGCAGUGGCUCAUGGCGGGCAUUAGCUACGCGAAGCUGACAAGCUUGCCUCCCAUAAUUGGGCUGUAUUCGAGCUUCGUGCCGCCGAUGGUGUACGCGGUGCUGGGGAGCUCUCGUGACCUGGCGGUGGGCCCGGUGUCGAUCGCGUCGCUGAUCAUGGGGUCCAUGCUGCGUCAGGCCGUGAGCCCCACCGCCGAUCCGCUGCUGUUCCUGCAGCUGGCCUUCACCUCCACUUUCUUCGCGGGGCUGGUGCAGGCCUCCCUGGGCAUCCUCAGGCUCGGGUUCGUCAUCGACUUCCUGUCCAAGGCGACGCUGGUGGGGUUCAUGGCCUGCGCCGCCAUCAUCGUGGCGCUGCAGCAGCUCAAGGCGCUGCUGGGCAUCGUCCACUUCACCACCGAGAUGGGCAUCGUCCCCGUCAUGGCCUCCGUCUUCCGUCACACCAACGAGUGGUCGUGGCAGACGAUUCUCAUGGGCGUCUGCUUCCUCGUCUUCCUGCUGUCGGCCAGGCAUGUGAGCAUAAGAUGGCCAAAACUGUUCUGGGUUUCAGCAUGCGCGCCCCUGACAUCUGUCAUCAUCUCGACCCUGCUUGUUUACCUCUUCAAAGCUCAGAAUCAUGGCAUUAGCAUUAUUGGGCAGCUCAAGUGUGGCCUGAAUCGACCCUCAUGGGACAAGCUACUGUUUGACACAACAUAUUUGGGCCUCACCAUGAAGACUGGCCUUGUCACUGGAAUCAUCUCUCUUACGGAGGGAAUAGCAGUUGGUAGAACAUUUGCCUCACUUAGGGAAUACCAAGUAGAUGGAAACAAAGAAAUGAUGGCCAUAGGGUUGAUGAACGUUGUUGGCUCAUGUACAUCAUGCUACGUAACAACAGGAGCAUUCUCCCGCUCUGCUGUAAACCACAAUGCCGGCUGCAAGACUGCCAUGUCCAAUGUGAUCAUGGCACUGACUGUGAUGGUCACCCUGCUGUUCCUCAUGCCCUUGUUUGUGUAUACACCAAAUGUUGUCCUUGGAGCAAUCAUUAUCGCUGCGGUUAUCGGCCUGAUUGAUUUGCCUGCUGUGUACCACAUCUGGAAGAUGGACAAGAUGGAUUUUCUGGUGUGUGUUUGUGCAUUUGCUGGCGUCAUCUUCAUCUCAGUCCAAGAAGGCCUGGCAAUAGCGGUUGGUAUAUCUAUAUUUAGGGUAUUGAUGCAGAUCACAAGGCCAAAGAUGAUGGUUCAAGGGAACAUCAAGGGGACUGAUAUUUACAGGGAGGCCCAAAGAGUUUCCGGGUUCUUGAUCUUGGCCGUUGAAGCACCAAUAAACUUCGCUAACUGCAACUACCUGAAUGAAAGGAUUAAAAGAUGGAUAGAGGAAGAAUCUUUUGAACAGGAUAAACAUACUGAACUCCAAUUCAUAAUCUUGGAUCUGUCAGCUGUUCCUGCAAUUGACACAAGUGGCAUAGCGUUCCUCAUUGACAUAAAGAAAUCAAUAGAGAAACGUACGUGGUCUGGAGGAUUUUAUGUUUGUAUCUAG